AGAAGCGCAAAAGGAACGCAAAGUUCCCAGGCAGCUAGCUUAAAAGUUUACAUUGAAAAUAAAACAUUGCACUCUUUUAAACAGAACAAACGGAGGAUUUGUGGUGUUCCUCCUUGGAUGCUUUAUAAAUCCUAAAUUGUCAUUUGGCGGCCAUGGCAUACAACGAGUCAGUGGUUGUAGUGAAUGGAAGACAGGUGUCGUGCAUUGGGCAUGAUUGGGAGGACAUUCCAGAUUAUCUUGGGGUAAAAUAUGGAGAAUUGGCAAAAAGAUUGGAUCUCAGCUUCAACCAACUGAGGUCACUGACAGGCCUGAAAGUGUUCAGCCAACUGGAAGAGCUGAUUGUGGACAACAAUCUUCUCGGAAAUGACCUCCGGUUGCCCAGGUUACCGCGACUCCAUACCCUGACGCUCAAUAAGAACCAACUCACAGACAUUGAGGCCCUGCUGGAGCAUUUGAUGGAAGUGACGCCGGCCCUGGAAUACCUCAGCCUUCUGGGAAACGAGGCCUGUCCUAACCAGCUGGUCAGCAUGGAUAAAGACGAGGACGAUUAUCAGAGAUACAGGUUCUUUGUACUACAUAAGCUGACAAAUCUGAAGUUCCUGGACACCAGGAGAGUGACCCAGUGGGAGCGGUCAGAGGCCCAAGCACGCGGAGCUUUCAUGAAGGUGGUCAAGCCUAAAAAUGACCAAGACGCCAGGGAUGAUCUGAAGUCUGAAUCCGCCAGCAUGCUGUACACUCCUUUACCUCGAGGAUCCAAAGAUGCCAGAAACCACAAAGGGGUUUUCACCAAGUGCCGUUAUGUCUACUACGGCAAGCACUCGGAGGGCAAUCGAUUCAUCCGCAAUGACCAGCUCUGAUGGACAGACAGGUCAACGGAUAGACACGCAAAUGGGCUUUACAAAGAUAUCCUCCACAUAUUAUUAUAAAUAUACAUGUUGCCACACGCAUUUUAAGCAGCCAAACACAGCCCUCUAGUGCCGUCUACUGAGUGCGCCUUCAAUGCCACCUCUCAUCCCACUCGCUCCGGCUGAGCCCUGCCAUCCAGAUUGACAUGAUUGCCUUUAAGCAGCCCCGCCAUGCAGCGGUGACAGACACGCGCGUGGCCAAGUGCUCGUCCUGACAGCCGCGGCUCCAUGAUGGAUUGCCUGGUCCGACCGCCGCUCUCCGCAGGUCAAAGGUCCCACCUGAAGCUGCGGGCUGCCCACACAGAAGCCCAGGAUGAGCCUCUCUCAAAGUCAAAGAGAAAGUUGAAGAGAAAGAUGAGUUUUACACUUCAUCCGUUAUUAAAGUUUAUUACAUGAUGCGAUAAUCGUGCGUGUCGUGUCACUGUAGGCCGAGUGGCAGUCAUUGUAGGUUUUUUUCCCCAAUUAAAAAGUUAUGAAAACCAUUUGAAAAUGAAUCAACACUAGAGAAUAUGAACCCAUAAAAGGUUUACAUUUUACAUGCUUAUGAACAAAAUUCUUUAAUCUGUGGGUUAUCUAUAUGUUUUCAGUAUGAUUGUUCUAGAAACUAGAGCUCUUGAGGCUCUUCAGACUUCAGGUUCUGUGGCAUAUGUAUGUUUGUGUGUAUGUGAGGUGCAUGUGCAUGUCGUGUGCGAGGUUUGCGUGUUGCGGGGGCAGUUGUUGUGGUGCAGGAGCCUGGAGAUAGCUGUGAAAGGAGGUAAUGAGCUUUGCUUUAUUUCAUUCUUCCUCCGGAGGAACAGAGCAAAGAAAGACAGCAACUCUGCCAGCGAAAUAGACAAGGAAGGUUUGUGUGCGCGCGUGGGGAGGAAACAACUUUCCUCGUUCUUUUUGAUUGUUUCCUCAUGUGAUUUUUGGACCAAUUCACGUUAAUGACUUCUUCUUUUUUCUGUUUAUGUAUUUCUGUUUACGUGUUUUGGAAACUUACAGUGGCCAGCAGUAGAGUUUACUAACAAAUGCCAGAAAAUUUACCCAAAUUGAGAGAUGAAGCAAAUGUGCUGUAGUAAGAAUGAUGUUUUGUGUUUGUCCAAUUUGUUUUUCUACCUGUUGUGUUGUUAUUUUAAAUAUCACAUUCCAGAUUUUUCCUUUUUGCACUGAAGCUUUUAUAUUUACCACAACUAGCCUCAAAUCCCCAACAAAUUACAGUAGAAGACAUAAAGAAGUGUAGACACUACUGAUGAACUGCACCCUGUUCGGAGAUGUGCUUGGUUUUUGUGCUUAUAGGACUGUUUUGCAACAACAUUGAUUAUGGGACGAUUGUCCAUGUGCACAGAAGGUUCUUAAAGGGAUAGUUCACCAAAAAUGAAAUGUAAGCAACCAAACUGACCUCACCCCCCAUUGACUCCCAUUGUGUUCGUUUUCCCUACUAUGGCAGUAAAUGGGGGAUGAGAUCUGUUUGGUUACUGACAUUCUUCUAACUAUCUUCCUUUGUGUUUAGUAGAACAAAGAAAUUAAUACAGGUCUGGAACAAUCUGAGGGUGAGUAAAUGAUGACAGAAUUGUUAUUUUUGGGCGAACUAUGCCUUUGUGAACUUCCGCAAUAAUAUAAACCAGCUGGAAAACGUCACCCAUUGAUGUGGGGAUAUCUUUAGUUUAUUGAGGUAGCUUUAACAGCAACGGUAAUGUAAUACUGUAGUUAGUUUAUAAUCUAGUCAGGUAAAUAGUGAUGCCUUAAAAGCAAUUUAGUUGUUUAAACGUAAAACAAGAUGAAAAGAUGCGACAUGAGGGGAAAACUUCAUUUUUACACUUUUUUCGAAGAUAUUUAGUGUACAUUGACAUCAUAGAGCUGUCACCAGAAAUGCCUGAGCUGGCUUAUCGAGAACCAGGAAGUAACUGUGCAUAUGGUCAAUUCAUUAUAAAAUUCUUGUAAUACAUCAUUAUUUUAAGUAAACAGAAAUAUCUGUCACACCAAAGGACUAUUAAUGUGAAUUGCAAUAAAGUGAAAAGGUGAUCAAAAAUAGUUUAAAAGUCUUAUUUAACAUAUAGACUGAUUUAAUAUAUACUUUAUAUAUUUGUCUAUUACUCAUGUCUGUAAUAAAAAUAUGUUAUGAAUAAUGCACUGCAAUUCUUGUAUGAGCACUGUGUAUUGUGAA